AUGUCGGACGAUCGAGCAAAAUCGAGGAGGAAACGUCGUCAACCUACAGCAGAGAGUGUGAAACAAGCAUUUGAAAAUCCAGACGAGCCAGAAGAAAUCGAUGCGCCAUUGAAUCAAUCAAUAGAAACUGAACAAGAGCCAUUACAUGAUAGAGCAUUUUUUACUAUUAAUAAUACUACCGUGGAAGUUGAACUUGAAGAUAACGUUCUAACAUGGUCUAGUUUAAAUGGCGAAAUUGGUUCAAAAGAAGACUCAAUACGUCCAUCUAGUUCAUCUAAAAAUCGUCGUUCAACAAAACAUACGACUCAUUCAUUGAAUUUACGUGAUAUCUACGCCGUAACACCAGUUUAUGCUCGUUGGAAUUGGACAACAAAUGUUGGUGAAAAUGGGUCAACUGUGUCCAGUACACCUCCUGUUCAAAAUCUUCAAUUGAGAGGAUUUCAGUUACAUGCAUACGAAGAAAUAAAAAAAAAUAUUUUACAAGAAAUUGUUAUUAUGUUUCAAACAAGUCUUCCGAAUCAAAUUGAAAAAUGGUAUCAUACAUUAGACAAACUUGUACGCACAUAUUAUCCGCCACGUAACGUUCUUGUUUUGUGUAAUCCGUACUCGGGACCAAGAAAUGGUCGAUAUGUAUACAAUGCAAAAAUAAAACCAGUUUUAGAAACUGCUCAAUACAACGUUACUUAUAUAGAAAUUAGCGAUACAUGUAAACCUGCCCAAGCAAUCACUCAACACGAAGGCGAUUUUACUAAUCUUUACGGGUUAGUAAUUAUUAUCGGUGGUGAUGGAUCGGUUAUAGAUACUUUGAAUGCAAUUACACGAUAUUUAGCCAAAGCCAAUCGUAUUCAAUUAGAUAUUGAUCAAGAACCACCACCAUUGCCAUUUCCAUUAUGUAUCAUACCGAAUGGUACAACAAACAUUAUCUGCCAUUCAAUUCAUGGCGGAAUUGAUCAAGCGACACCUUUGUUCCACUUGUUAUUUAGUAAGUAA